GUGUAUGAUCUAUGAUCUUUGACACAGAAUGAAUGUUAUAUAUAUAAAAGAGAGCAAAAGAUGGUCAAAUUAUUUGGUUUAGAUCAUAACCCAACAUGAAGCAAAAUAUCAACCAAGUCAGUAGAUAUAUGUAGGAGUACCAAAUUUUGUUUCCUUCAGCCUUUUUCUUUAGCUGAAGCAAACAAUAACUCAAGUACCUCACUUGGUGUCACAUUUCAAAAUUGUUUGUUGUUGUUAAUGAAAUGGAAUUAUAGCUGAUCGAUUUACCUUUGUUAAUUAUUUUCUAAUCUGUUAUGGUUAUUGUUAUGUGUUUGUUCGGAUUCGCUUCCAAUCUUGUGUUUCUUUUGCUUUGCCUUUACACUUCUCACCCUGUUCCUCGCUUAUUCUCAGCUUCUUUAGUUUACGUAUGUCAUCUACUGUUAAGCUUUUUUUUUUUUUCCCUGUGUUGUUGUUGUUGUUGAUGCUAAUCUCUAUCCGUAAUGGUUAUUGUUAUGUGUUUGUUUAGAUCUUCGUCCGGCUCCAUUCUUGUACUUCUUUGCUUUGCUUCCAGCUCCACUUAUUUUAAACGUCCUUACCUCAUUUUGCCACCUGAUCUGCAGCUUCCUCAGUCUAGCUACAGGCUAUAGAUCCGCUACCAAUCUUGUGCUUCUUUUGCUUUGGCUUUACACUUCUCACCCUGUUCUUCGCUUAUUCUCAACUUCCUUAGUUUACGAUCUCCAACCAGCACCAUUCUUGCUCUUCUUUGCUCUGCCUCCAGCUCCACUUAUUUUCAACUUCCUUACCUCAUUUUGCCAGCUGAUCUACAGGAAUUUUCUUCAUGGCAGAAAUUGCAACACUAAUUCUUGAAUUCAUAAAGUGUGUAGCACCUCCAACACGAAGUUGUGUAGAUAAUCACAGAAAAUUCAAAGAAAAUGCAGAAGAUCUGAGAAACAAAUUGAGAAUUCUUGAGGCCAGAAAAGAAGAUGUAGAAACACGGCUACAAGACGAGGUUUGCUCAGAAAAACAGGCCAAAAAAGAAGUGGUGGUAUGGCUUCAAGAUGUAGAGAAGAUCAAUGCUGAAAUUCAAGAUGUUUUAAAAAGGGUGCACGGUACUUCAUACUUCUCACGAGCUCGCCUUGGAAAACUUGCUCGUGAAAAAAUUAAUGUACUGGAUGCAAUUCUUCAACGAGGCAGUUUUCCUGAAGGACUGGUAGUUAAUGAGCCUGCAACUGCUUUGCCUUUUCCAGUGGAGAAUCUAGAAGGUGAGGUUUUUGUGAAGGAAAGGAUAUGGGGAUACUUGAUAGGCAAUGAGGUCCCAAUGAUUGGAGUUUGUGGAAUCGGGGGUGUUGGGAAGACCACCAUUAUGAAGCAUAUCCAUAAUGAAUUGCUAUUGAUGGAGUCCAGAUUUGAUAAUGUGAUCUGGGUCACCGUCUCAUAUCCACUCAAUGUUGUUAGAUUACAACAUGAAAUUGCUAACGGAAUAAAUGAAAGCCUCCCAGAGAAUGAGGAUGAGCAGAAGCGGGCUUCAAGAUUGAUGCGGAUAAUGGGGAAAGUGAAAUAUGUGUUGAUAUUAGAUGAUGUGUGGCAGAGGUUUAGUCUCAAAGAUGUUGGCAUCCCAAGUCCCACAAUGGAAAACGGUUCCAAACUAGUUAUUACUAGUAGAAAGGUGGAUGUAUGCAAGUCCAUUGGUUGUCAAAUAGUUAAAGUGUCUCCUCUUUCAGAGGAAGAGUCUUUGAAUUUGUUCUUAGAUAAGGUGGGAAGUGACAUUCUACAAGUUCCAGAAUUGGAAGGAACUUGGAAGGCCAUGGUGGAGGAGUGUGCUGGACUACCCUUGGCUAUUGUUGUAAUAGCUGGGAGCAUGAAAGGAGUAACUGAUGUUUGUGAGUGGAGGCAUGCUUUAAAUGAAUUACGUGAACGUGUAAGAGCUACAGCUGAAGGUUCAGAAGAUGAGAUAUUUGAGCGAUUGAAGUUCAGCUAUGAUCGUUUGCAAGAUUCAAAUAUCCAAAAUUGUUUCUUAUCUUGCUCACUAUAUGCUGAAGACUAUGAAAUCAGAAGUAAUAAUCUGGUCGAACAAUGGAUUGAUGAGGGAUUUAUUGAAGAAUCGGGGAGUAGACGAGCAAUGCUUGAUAAAGGACAAACCAUAUUAAACAGGCUUGAAAACAGUUGUCUGUUGGAGAAAACUCGUUUUGUGGGCACUAAUAAAAUGCAUGAUCUUGUGAGAGUUAUGGCAUUGCGCAUCCGUCCCCAAUUUAUGGUGAAAGCUGGUAUGAGACUAACAGAGAUGCCAGAUGAGCAUGAAUGGACUGAAAAUCUUGAAAAGGUUUCCUUGAUGGAGAAUGAAAUUUCAGAUAUUCCUCUAAACAUGUGCCCAAAUUGUCCCAUUCUCACAACCUUGAUGUUGCAAGGGAAUAGCAAAUUGAUCCAAAUUCCAGAUUGCUUUUUUGCAAACAUGCAAAGGCUCAAGUGCCUAAAUCUUUCUGAAACUAGCAUUGAAAGUCUACCUCAUUCCAUCUGCAAUUUGGAGAAUCUUACUACAUUGCUGUUGCAGUGUUGUAGGCAAUUAAAACAUGUGCCUUGCUUAGCAAAGCUUAAGGCAUUGAAGAAGUUGGAUAUGUUUAAAGCAGGAAUUGAUGUGGUCCCUGAAGGCAUUGAUAUGCUUGUAAAUCUCCAAUAUCUUGAUUUACGGUGUCCAGAAUUGGCGGAGCUACCGACACAAAUACUCGGUAACCUCUCUCACCUCCAACGCUUGACAGUAUAUUCCAAAUCGACCACUUUAAAGAUAAAAGGAGAAGAAGUAAGAGGAUUGAAGAAGUUGGAGACUUUUCAAGCUCAAUUGUAUGACUUGCAAGACUUGAACAAUUAUGUUAAGUCCAAUCAUUUUAAAAGAUUGAGUAAUUACCAGCUUGUGGUUGGACAAGUGGAGGGCAACUUUGCUCCUUUUAUUAAUAAUUUCUCUAAAGAAAUAAGUUUAGGAGAAUGUGAGAUAGGUGGAGAAGAUAGUGUGGUGCUUCCGGAUGAAGUGGAGGAACUAUGGAUUCAUCGGUGUAGAAAAUUUAGAAGCUUAAGUGAUAUUUAUUCUCUCCAAAAAACAACUGAGUUGAGAAGGUGUACUGUUACUGAGUGUGAAGAGAUAGGGUGUGUGGUUGACAUGGUUACGUCAUCAUCAUCUUUCAUUAAUAACCUUGAACUGCUAUGGCUUCGUAAGUUGCCCAACUUGAGUGUUGUUGUGAAUGUGGAAGGAGUAGAAGCAACAUCGCCUCACAUCUUUUCCAAUCUUAAAUUCUUUGGGAUGUCGGAAUGUUCAACAAUGAAGAGGUUGUUUUCACUUGAGCUGCUGCAAGGCCUUCAAAACUUGGAGUGGAUUACAGUUAAGAAUUGUCAACAAAUGGAGGAAAUAAUAGGGUGGGAAGGAGAAGAGGAAAAUCACACAGCUGAUGCAACUACUACUACUACAUUCACUCUUCCAAAAUUAAGAGUGUUGGAGUUGCGGAAUUUACCAGAAUUGAAGAGAAUCUGCCCCACAAGAGGAGUAAUGGUUUGUGAUUCUCUCCAAUUGUUAGAAAUAAAGGAAUGUCCAAAGUUAAGGAAGAUUCCCCUGGUAGGGAAUGUACGAUCAUCUCCUCCUACUGCUUUAAAAAGAAUCAGUAUAAAGCCAAAAGAAUUAUGGGAAUCACUGGAGUGGGACGAUCCCAAUGCCAAAAAUGUCCUUCAACCCUUUGUGUAUUUUCCUACUUAUUGAGGACUGCAAAUGGAAAGUUUUGCAUAAAAUCAAAUGGCAGAGAUCCAAUACCACGGGUAAGCCUUCUUUUCUUUUCUUAUUAAUGUUCAAACUGCAAAAUUUCACUCUCGUUUCUUUUUUCCCUUUUUUUUUUUUAAAUAUCCUUUAUUUUUUUUAAUCAUAUAUUCACCGUUGAACAUUUGAAACCAAAUAUUUUUGUGGUUCAUAUAUAUGAUCGAUCUUUUGGCUGAUGCUUUUAGCCAUCAUUUGAUUCAAUUCUCUCAAAAUCAUUAAUGUUUAAUUAAUUCAUCUUUCAUCUAGUGGGUAAUGGAUCAACAACUAACUAAUCUUGUGUGAAUUGAUUUUUGAUCAAAUUGGUUUUUGUUGUCAUUUAAUUGAUCUAUUGUGAUUUGUGAGAAAGACUGUCAAGUUUAUAUGAUUUUUGAGGGUUGGAGCGCAAUAAGUCUAGGAAGAUUUGAGCUUAUUUUUGGUUAUGCACAUCAGGUAUUUGAUGAAAUGCUUGUGUGGAGAUAUGGGUUUGUUUUCUGGAAUGUGUUUUGCUAGGAUAGGCUACACUAGCUACAAAGGGUUUAGAAAGAUGGUGUGGGGUAUUUUAGGGUGAUAUGCUACGUAUGUUUUCGAUUUGAGAAUCUUUGUAAUGUGUGGAUUAGAUUACUCCCUAAUGCUUAUACUUCUCUUUUACUGAUGAUGAAUGGCUUUGUGGGAUCAUGUUGUGCAGCUUGGGUCUGCAUCUUUGUUCAGCCGGUCAAAAGGAUCUCAUCUUGGAAUGGGCAGGAAAUUAAACCAAAACAAUGGGUCGAUUCCGCACAUCUACUUGACUUGAAUGUUGUUUCAUAAUCUUUGAAAUCUCUAUUUGUUUUUGAAUGCUAGUAUUAUGUAAAACCCAGUUCAUUUCUUGCUUCUUAUUUUCAUUAACUUGUGUGAUGUUGUGUAAGUUACAUUAUAAUUGUGUGAUGUUGUGUAAGUUACAUUAUAUAGUUGUGUGAUUGUUUUU